AAUUGAGUAAAAAUACUUGCACAUUUUCUGAUUAAAAAAACAACAAACCUGGUUAAAAUUUAUUGAGAACUGAAUUCAUAACAAAAUUGAAAUUGUAAAGGGACUUUAUGGACACCUUGUAUAAUAAAUUUAACUCCUAUGUAAUUUUACUGCAAAUAACUCAUAUUUUACAUGUAAUCAGGGAAUUUUACAGUAUAUAUUCUUGAGGAAAACUUACUUAGAUAACCUUAUUUUCAGUUUUGUUUAGAACCAAAUUUGCCUUGUUAUCAUGUGUUAUUAUUUCAGCAGUCUGAAAUAAUGCUGUCUUAAAUCAAAAUUCAUCAAUUUCAUGUUAUUGAAUCUCAGACAAAAGCACACUAAUAAAAAGGCAAUGAAUAUUGUGUAAUAUUUGAAGCAUUUCGGUACAACAUGUCAACAUACACAUUUUUCACUUAGCAAUCAAUGGUCAAUAACUAAGCAGAAUUAUUUCAUACCUCUUGGCUAUGUCACUGUCAGUCACAGUCCAUUGAUUUUUGAGAUAGAAAAACAUUUUUUUGUUAUGUAUUAUCAACUAUUAGUUCAUGUGUGUUCCAAUUUAUGCACUUUUUUCCUUCAUUCUGAAGAGAUGAAUAUAAUUUCUUGUUCCAUUCCUAUUCUAUGUCCAAUAAUCCAAGAAUACACUUUCUUAUCUUUCAUUUUUUCAUCAGAUAUGUAAUGUACAAUAUGAAUAAAGCAUUUCAAAGAAAACUCUCAGCUUUGCAAUUCCCACAAGCCUCAAAGUUCAAUGCAAAUGAUGACAAACAAUUCAAACUCAUCAUACUUUGGAUAGAAGACCAAAAGGUUCGACAUUACAAAAUCGAUGAAAGACAAGAAUUAAGGAAAUUUGAGGAGCCAGCAUGGACAAAAGCAUUCACUAAAUAUUUGACGGAUGUGAUGUGUCCUUUCUCAUCUAGCGAUAAAAUGUCCGCUCUCGAUUGGCUACUGGGACUUGCUGUCAGACUGGAAUACGGCGAUAAUGUUGAAAAAUACUCAAAAGUAACAGGUCAAGCUGUCCAAGAGAGACGGAAAAAAGCAUCAGAGCCUGUUGCAGCAUCAUCUAUUGAAAAUAUAAGUUCAAGCGACCCAAACUUCAGGAAAGGUCUCGAAUCAAUGGCGAAGGCCCUUCAAAUACCUCUGCAUGAAGAUUAUAUGGUAACGUUAAAAGCAAUAAGAAUUCUGGUAGAAGAAAGACUAACGAAAUCUGCAAUUGAAAAGGCAAAAGAUAAAAAAACAGAAAAAGGGGUGACAAGGAUUCCUAUUGAGGACAAUGAACUAGGCUUUGAUACCGGAGAUGAAAUUCUCAACGACGCUGCUCGAGCUCUCCGUUUACUUCAUAUUAACGAACUCAGAGACUUACAAAAUAAAAUUAACGAAGCAAUAGUCUCCGUACAGACUAUAACCGCUAAUCCUAAGACUGAUCAGAGGCUAGGAAAAGUUGGAAGAUGAAAUUAACCUCAAAACAGACAAGAAUAGGCUGAUUACAGACUACUUACACUAAAACACCAUUCUAGGCAAUUGUAUUUUCAUUAUUUGGUUACUGAGUGCUUGGCCAGCGUGGGUAAGCUUUUGAACAACGCACAAAUCAAAGAUGUCUAUAUCGGAAUAGUUUGGUAAUCUAGAAUUACAUUACGUUAAUUUUGAUUUUUAGAUGUCUCACACCAAACUUUUAUUCUGUGUUUUGUAAAGUCAAACUACUUCAGACAAAAGUUUAAUGAAUUA